UCGCUUAGCUUUUGGAUUUCGUCGGCGCCUCGUCGUCUCCCUCCUCGACCGCGCGCUCCCGCCGCCGCCACGGCGAAAUCAGCCGCCGGAAGCGCCGGAAUCCUCCGGAUCUGAGGGGGCGCAGAAGCUUCCGGGGCUCUACUCGCCGGGCUUGGUGCUAAAGAUGGUUGAAGGGAAAAGUACCCAGCUUGACCUUGAGAAAGAAGGUUCAAGUAGCCCUGCAGCUACACAGAAGAUGAAAGUUGAAAUGGAAGAUUCUGGAAGCAAAGUUGAAUCCCCCACACCAGAGAAGCCUGAAUCUAGAAGGACAGGGAUCGCUGUCAGUUCACUUGCAAAAAAUUUGCUUGCCGAGAGGUACAAGGACAGAUUUGCUGCUCAGUUGUUGGGAGAUAAGGAUGAAGAAGAAACAGAUGAUGAAGAUGGUAAUGGAAGUAUUUCGCCAGGUGGUGGUAAUCAAUGUACAGUUUUGGAAAAUGUUGAUAGUUCUGGCGCAUCUUCGAAAGAUGAACCAAAUGAUCUUCUUGAGAAGCACAAGAAUUUACUUAAUCUAUUCAAUCGAAUGGUGAGUUCUAUAAGAUUGCUGAGCCUACGGAAGAAGAUGACUACAUUUAAGAACAUUGCCACCCAGGUGGAAAUACUCACAAAGAGGAAGUUCUUAUAUACACAUUUAGCCCAGAUGAAGCAUCUGUUUCCAGAAGCAAUCCAGAUAAAGAAAAUACUCUUGCAUGAUGAGAAAAGCCUUUGCAUGUAUGCUGAUAUGGAAAUUACAAUUCUAAUGGAUGCUGUAGAAUGCAGAAGUCCUGAUCAAUCCUUGUCCAUGGAAAUAUGCGACGCUUUUCACUCAAAGCUUUUGAGUUAUUUGGAUGCUCAUCAUAAGGAUAUUGAUAUUCCUGAAGCCAUGCUACCAGAGCCCUUCAAUUCAAGGGAUAAACUGCAUCUCAAGGCACCACAUGAUGGACAUUCUUCUGAGCCACAUCUUCAAAGUUCCAAUGAAAAUGAAUUGUCAAAUGCUUCACACUUCCCACGUUCUUUUCAAAAGCUCAUGUCAAAGAAAAUUAUUGUUGAAGGAACUGAUAGGACUAAGUUGCUAUCUGAUCCAGCAGAACUCAGUACGCUGAAUGCUGAUGAUGCAGAAGGGCCUAAGAGAAGCUCUAACAUGCAAGAUCGGCAUGCUUCUAUUCCAUUCAAGGCUGAUAUUUCUGCUACUCCAAGCCGCCAGUUGAUCUCCAACUGUCAAGAGAGUACACCAAAGCAAGGAACUCUAUGUUCACCCUUGAUGGCUGAAACACCAGCAAUGCAGACACCACAGAGGCCAUUGCCCACUCCGAUUGAGAAACUUGAAACCACAAAUGGACAAACUUCUGAAGCACGAUCUGCCAGUUCAGCUCGCCGUUCACUAGUAAUGUACUCACCAGCAAAACUGGAGGAAAGCUCUUCUGAUCAUGAUGGAGCCAUCCUUAUCUCAGAAAACGAGGUUACAGUCGGCAAAUGCCUUUUCCCAGAUGCAGGACACAAUUUUACUAAAACACUAGAGGAAAACAAUCCCGUCAUUUGCUUUUCUGAUAAAGACAAAAACCCAAAAGUAGACCGGGCAGAAUCCCAGGAAAAGAUAGCUUCUUUACAACUCACGUUUGACAUAAUCUGUGGUAUUUCUACGAAGAAUUCGCAUAUUACAAAACAGGAACUUUUUCACAAUAUUCUUGCUAACAACUUGGAGAUUGAAGAGACAGGGGAUAUAGAAGAACAGUUGCAUAUUUUAGAGUAUCUGUCUCCUGAUUGGAUAUCUAAGAAGGUGAUUCCUGGUGGAGAUAUUCUUUACAGCAUUAAGGAAAUAGCAGAUCAGAAGUCAGUUCGUGCAAGACUCAUAGAAGUCAUAUGAGAUACUAUGAUGCGUGCAAGGACGAAGAGAAACAACCAUGUGAGUACUGACGUUUGUAGGAUUUGAUCAGCUAAUGUGCCAGCUUACCAUCAUGAGAUCCUCUGGAUUGCUCGUUUCUGCCUGUACUUCCAAAUGUUAGUAGAAACAAACGCAGAUUAUUCAACAUAUGCUUUUGCUGACCCUCCAUAUUUGAGUAAUCCUCUGGAUCCGUUUAGUGCUAA